AUGUAUUUGCAUCCAAUUUCCCCGACCGUCGGGCAGAUUAGUGUAGUCUAACCUUACAAGCUUCUGCUUAACAAUCAGAACCUGGGCUAUUGUGAAGUGAAAUUCGCCGCCUUUAUCGUCGAAGAUUGACUUCUAUUUGAAAAGCAAGUCGGAAAUAGCUACAUAUUUUCAUAUUAGCGGGGUUCAAGUGUCGGAUCAUGCUUCAGCGCAUCUUAUAUACGAACGAGUGGCUUGUAAAACUCUGAAUUGUACAGUCUUCGUCUGCUAAAUCAUGAGGAAGGACGUUCUUUUUACCUUUUUGUUUAUAUCAUUGUGUGGUUUCAACAAUGGAGAAGAUCUCAACUUCAAACGUUGCGAAAAAAAGGUUCGUUUUCCUGCAAGGAAAGCAUCGCCUUUGGUGUUGAAAAUAAAUAAAGACAAAUGCGACGGUUGUAAAGAACUGGAAAAUUGCACAACAUACGAGGGCAGCGUUCAAAUUCAGAUCGUGAGAAGAGCGAACGAUAUUGUUAUGAAGCAAUUACGAUUUCCCAAGCUUACAGAAAUCACCGGCCAUUUGCUCGUUUCCUUGGUUUAUGGAGAGCGUAGUUUAAAAGAGAUUUUCCCUAAACUUGGCGUGAUUCGAGGGAGAGAGUUAUUUCUGGGUUAUUCUCUUGUCAUCUACGAGAAUGACGGACUCGAGGAAGUGAACCUUCCUUCGCUAACAACCAUUCUGGAUGGUGGUGUACGUAUCGAGAAAAACAUUAAUUUAUGCUACGUGAAGACGAUUCGAUGGAAAUCGAUCAUGAGGAAUGUCACAGAGAAUGAAUACUCCCUGGUUUUAAAUUCUAACAAUAAUGACUGUUAUGAUGUGUGCUUCCAAGCGACGGGGGAGCAGAAGAAAUGCAUCCCACCGGCAGGUCACGGCAGUUCAACGAAUCAACACUGCUGGGCUCCGGGGAAUCAACAAAACCACGAUUGCCAGCGGUUGUGUGACAUGAAGUGUGGAGAACGGGGUUGCGUGGAGAGAUCCAACAAUUUGUGUUGUCACAAACAGUGCCUUGGAGGAUGUUCCAAUUUGAACUCUGCACUUCACUGUUAUGCUUGCAGACAUCUUCGUAUGCCAACUGGAGAAUGUGUUGAAAAAUGCCUCUCUGACUUGUUUGAGGGGGGGAUAGGGAGGGAACGCCAAGAACCGCUAAACNUCAAAUCUUUGAACUUUCUCAAGAAUCUGAAAGAAAUUAAACCACUAUCUCUGCCAGAUCUGGUGAACCAUGGACUGGACAAACCAAUUUUGUACAAUGACAGGUAUGCAUUGGCUAUCCUUGACAACCCCAAGCUUGAGGCUAUGUGGCCAUUUCAGCAAAAUCUAAGCAUCAGCGAGGGUGGAAUAAUGGUGCAUUUGAAUCCUUUCCUGUGUCCAAGCAAGAUUAGUCCACUUGUGAACGAUGUUCUUAAGUGGAAUAAAAAUGACUCAAAAAGAAGCAUUGAUAUUUCAGACACCACCAAUGGAAAUGCCAUGGCAUGUGAUGUUCGCAAAAUAAAUGUGACUCUAGAGGAAGUUUCAGUAGGCAGAUGUACACCAGUUUGCAUGAAAGUGGAGUGGGAUGAAAUCUUUGAUGAUUAUAGAACUGUGUUGUUUUACACUGUGUCUUACAGAGAGGCCCCAAAUAGAAAGAUCACAGAAUAUGAUGAUGUGGAUGCAUGCAGCAGUGAGAAUGUCUGGACACGAGUGGACAAGGUAGCAGGGACCCCUGAAGUAAAUGUCACUAGUUUCGAUAAAAAUGACACCACCCCAAACAGCUUAGCAACCAAACCUCGUAAAAUUUUCAAAUACAUCCCAAAGCUCAAGCACUUUACCCUGUAUGCAUUUCAAGUUGAGGCAGUGGUGCUGAAGAAUGAAGGUGCCAAGAGUGACCUGGUGUUUAUCCAGACUAAGGAAAGUGUGCCAUCCCAGCCUGUGGGUCUUGAAGCAAACUACAUCAACUCUUCUGCAUUAAUUGUCAAGUGGCAGCUUCCUUUAUUUCCAAAUGGUAACAUCACCAAGUUUAUUGUGAAGUAUGAAUCCAGCACAUACUCUCCAUGGAAACAAGACUUUGACUGGUGCAGUCGGCAAGUUUUUGGCAACAGACCAGGAGUCGAUACCAGCGCUGAUGAAGGAAGUGCAGAUAAGAAUCCUGAUGGGAGUUGCAAAGUAAACAUAACCUGUGACUGUGAUGUCAAGCCAGAAGUUAAACCAGAAAAACAAGCUGCAUUGUUCGCAAAGGAGUUCCAAGACAAACUGUACCAGACGAUCUUCACAAAAGAGAAAGAUGACGAUGACGAGACUACUACAGCACCAAGAACCACAGCAACGACCAUCCCUUCCUCUGGUUCAAAUCAGACAAACUGUAGCAAUGAUGUACAGAAUCCAUCGUGUCAAAACUUAACAGUGCCACCAAGCAGUAAACCAACUACAACAUCGUCUAAGGAGUCAACCACAUCCGCCAAACCAACCUCCACAAAGCCAACCAUUCUACCAACCGAAGCUUCCUCUAAUGUCACCUUGGUGGUGAAUGGCAAAGCUAGGAGUGUCAUCCUGGCCAAACUGAAACACUUCUCAGACUAUGCUAUCAUUGUCUGUGCAUGUACAAAAAUUGGUUGUGCAAUUGGAAGUUCCUGUNAGAAAAAGAGUCAAGCCAUGUUCAACUGGGUGUGGUUGUUUCAGAAUCCAUCGUGUCAAAACUUAACAGUGCCACCAAGCAGUAAACCAACUACAACAUCGUCUAAGGAGUCAACCACAUCCGCCAAACCAACCUCCACAAAGCCAACCAUUCUACCAACCGAAGCUUCCUCUAAUGUCACCUUGGUGGUGAAUGGCAAAGCUAGGAGUGUCAUCCUGGCCAAACUGAAACACUUCUCAGACUAUGCUAUCAUUGUCUGUGCAUGUACAAAAAUUGGUUGUGCAAUUGGAAGUUCCUGUGCGAUCACAAAGGCAAUGACUUACAAAAACAUUACAGCUGACAAUCUUGGAGGCCCCCUGAAGGUCACUACUGACAACGUCACUAAAGAAUUUUCUCUUUCAUGGUCCCCUCCAAAGGACCCCAAUGGAGUGGUACUCAAGUAUGACAUUGAAAUCAAAAUGAACUCCAAUCAAUCUGUGAUCCGAUGUGUAGGUGGCAAAAAGUUUACACAUACAGGACCUCCUCCCUUUAGUAUUGACGGGAAGUAUGCUGCUCGUGUACGAGCCAUUACCCCUGCCGGCAAUGGGUCUUGGAGUAACACUGUAGCUUUCUCCUUACCGAGUAAAGACGAGUCAGAAGACCCUCCAUUACGGGAGAAUGAUUCCAUGUCUCUCGGGACAAUCGUGGGUACCAGCCUUGCUGCCAGUGUUGUGUUUGUGUUAGCGUGCGGGUUUGUGGUGUGGUAUUUUGCUCGUAAGAGAUACAAGAGGUACAGUGAUGAACAAAUUCCCGGAGUUCUGUACGCUUCUGUUAACCCGGAAUACAUGACAUCCACUGACGUGUAUAUUGCUGAUGAAUGGGAGUUCCCACGAGAAAAGAUCAAGCUUGUUCGAGAACUAGGAAACGGUUCUUUUGGCAUGGUUUAUGAAGGAGAAGCUGAAGACAUUACGCCAGAUGUCCCUAUACGCAGAGUAGCAGUCAAGACUGUGAGUGAAAACGCCUCAAUACGAGACAGAGUGGAGUUUCUCCAAGAGGCGUCUGUUAUGAAACAAUUCUGCAGUAACCACGUGGUACGGCUUCUGGGCGUGGUGUCAGAGGGCCAGCCUACUCUGGUUAUCAUGGAACUAAUGGAGCACGGAGAUCUCAAGAACUUCUUACGAUCUCGUCGGCCAGGGGAAGGAUCGUUGCCUGCUCCAACCCUUCAAGAACUUCUUCAAAUGGCUGGAGAGAUUGCGGAUGGGAUGGCCUACCUUGCGGCCAGGAAAUAUGUUCACAGAGAUCUUGCAGCACGAAAUUGCAUGGUAAACUCGGAUUUUACAGUUAAAAUAGGAGAUUUUGGAAUGACUCGUGACAUUUACGAAACAGAUUAUUACAGAAAAGGAGGAAAAGGUUUACUUCCCGUACGGUGGAUGGCGCCAGAGUCUCUAAAAGAUGGUGUCUUCACGAGUUACAGCGACGUUUGGUCAUUUGGCGUUGUGAUGUGGGAGAUGGCUACACUAGCGUGCCAACCCUACCCUGGAAAGUCCAACGAAGAAGUACUGAAAUAUGUAGUGGAUGGAGGACUCAUGGAGAAACCAGAGGAAUGUCCAGACAGGCUAUAUGAAAUGAUGACGUUAUGCUGGCAGUUUAAUCCCAAAACUCGGCCGACCUUUGUGUACCUCAUUAGCCUUCUGGAGGAGGACUUGUCCGAAGACUUUCGUUAUCUUUCGUUCUACCACACUCUCCCAGAAGACCAGCUCAAAGGACUGUUAAGCAGCCAUUACAAGCAUAAGAAUAGAGCCGAGACAACGGAUUCCACUACCAAUGUUGAAACUGGAGCGUAAAAGUAAAGCGUCUGAAGCGUUAUUAGAGUUACCUUGACAUACACAAGUGCAUUAUAGUUUCAGGUUUGCGCUGUCGAUCCGUUGCUCUAUUUAAAACUCCCAACGGUUGCAUCUUGCUGAAUGACUUACGUACUGGUCAAAACAAAUGAACAAAAUCACUCCCUCGGCGUCAACCAUCGACAUCAAGUUACAGUACCCAGGAAUGGUGCUCUGUAAAUCUCUGGGUAGGGCUGUGCCGCUGGAACACUGAAACACUCACCCUAUAUACUAGACCAUGAUCAGCUUGAUUUUGCAACCCUAUUGUAGACUAGCCACCAAAAACCCCAACCCGGUCCCAGGUUAGUUACUUUCCAUGCAAAAACGUUAUCACUAUCGUGGUCCAACAUACGCUAACUAAACCAAUAUUUUACAAAGCCGUUUCCGAGAUUCAAUUUCUAUUAUACAACCCUGGGUAAAGAACCUCGUUUUAGACUAAGUUAUUUAUACAGUGGCCACUUUUCUGGUAAAAUUAUAUGCUUUUCUAGACCAAAACAGUUUGAUUUCUAUAUGCUAUCCCAGACGAAACUGCCUGAAAACCAUACCCUUCACAGCGGCACAUACCCAUGUUGCUUGUAUAUGGGAUUACCCCUCCCGGGGUACAGUGGCGGUGAAUUCUUAGGACUUGACGACGAACUCGAGGAAAGAUUUAACUAUAAACUAGAGACAGUCUUGAAAAAGAGUUACGGUUCUUGUCAAGUGAACUUGGUACAAGAAGAGAAAAAAUACCGGAAUAAGUUAGGCCACUAGCUUUGUUCAUAUAAACUUGCUUUCAUCGUCAUUUAUAUUUUUAACUCUCAGAAAUUGUAUCAUAAAUAGAAAGCUUUAAUAAACUAUAUCCUUUCCGCGUAACACA